AUGAAGAUGGCGACAAUCCAAGCCAUCGAGGCUCGCUCUGUACACCAAAUCCAAUCGGGUCAAGUCAUUGUUGACUUGUGCUCUGUCGCCAAAGAGCUUGUCGAAAACAGUCUGGAUGCUGGCGCAACGACGAUCGAGGUCCGGUUCAAAAAUAAUGGUCUGGACCUAAUUGAGGUCCAAGAUAACGGCAGCGGGAUCUCGCCGGAGAACUAUGAGAACGUCGCAUUGAAGCAUUAUACCUCAAAACUGUCGUCGUACGAUGACCUCUCGAGCCUGCACACCUUCGGUUUCCGGGGCGAGGCGAUAUCCUCACUCUGCGCGUUGGCCGACUUCCAUCUCGUUACGGCACAAGAAAAGCAGGUUCCCCGCGCGAAUCGACUCGAUUUUGAACAAUCUGGGAAACUCCGGAAGACACAGAUCGUGGCUGGGCAGAAAGGAACGACUGCAUCGGUAGAAGGCAUCUUCAAGCGGCUUCCAGUGCGUCGACGAGAAUUGGAGAAGAACAUCAAGCGGGAAUAUGGGAAGGUUCUGAAUCUGCUACAUGCGUACGCGUGCAUUAGCACUGGGGUCCGGUUCAGCGUCAGAAACACUGUUGGCAAGACACGGAAUGUGGUGGUCUUUUCUACAAAUGGAAAUAAGACUACCAAGGAGAAUAUUGCCAAUGUUUAUGGUGCCAAAACAAUAUCUGCCCUGAUAUCUCUUGAUCUAGAGCUGGAGUUUCAGCCUGCCACGGCCACUAAACGGGCCGGCGAUGAUCAACUGAGUAAAAUUCAGGUCCGAGGCCACAUCUCGCGACCUGUAUUCGGCGAGGGCCGUCAGACUCCGGAUCGUCAGAUGUUCUUUGUCAACUCGCGGCCAUGUGGCUUGCCGCAGAUUCAGAAGGCGUUCAACGAAAUUUACAAGUCGUUCAACGUCUCGCAGUCGGCGUUUAUCUUUGCGGACUUUCAGAUGGAUACAAACGCUUACGAUGUCAACGUUUCGCCUGAUAAGCGUCAGAUUCUACUUCACGAUGCGGGGGCUAUGAUUGAUACGCUCAAAAUUUCUCUUACGCAACUCUUUGAGGAUGCGGACCAAACUGUGCCACAGUCAUUGGUCAAAUCCAAGCCUUUGCCAAAACAGCAACCACUGGCAUCCCUUCCAGGGUUCGUCACCGCUCGGGAACUGAGUGAAAAUCGUGGUCUUGGAAGUCCAAGUCAAGAUCAGACGAACGACAGCUCGGCGGAUACUCCAGGGGUGAGUGAACGGAGUACGAUUCAGCGUUUCUCGAGCUCCCAAGCGGGCAUGGAUAGUGCGCAGGCCACGCCAUCUCCGGCUCGUUCAAUGAGAACACCUCGCGCUGCUACCAAUCGCUCUUUGAUGUCAAUGCCGGCCCCAAGUGAGCUAGAAACGCCUGCUGCGGCGAUCUCUGACGAUGAACUUUUCGUCCGAGAAGCCGCCCAGGAGGAGCUUGAGCCAACCCUAAUCUCUCAAGAACCCUCGUCACAGCCAUCAGCCCCUGAUGAGACUCCAUCUCACGCUCGUGGAGACCCAGCAGAAACCCCCAAUAUUGUCCAAAAUGCCUUCGACAGAAUGCGUCCACGACGAGAACCCGCCGAACUAGCGACCAUCACUAUUGGCAACCGUACCAUAACAUCCAUGGUCGGUAAUGGUCCUCCGCGAAAACGAUUCGCAGAAGAUCCACCUCUCAUGAGAGAGCUGCCCCGACGGAAAAGGCGGAUACACACACCAUCACGCCCUAACAUCUUCGGUGAGCAUAUGAAAACGUUUGCUGCGCCUGGGUCACAACUGGAUGACGAUGAAGAUGACCAAAUUGAAGAAAACGCAGAUGACGUUAUAAGUGAAAUCGAGGGCACACAAGAUGCCGAGCAAGAACCUGAAGACAAAGGCUCUCCUUCCCCCGAGGAUAUCGACUAUGUUCCGGACCACGGUGCAGUUCGAUCAGAAGUCGAAAACAUUGAGGCAGAAGACAAAGACACUGCCGCAGAUGAAAAUCUCGACGAAGCCGAGAAAAAGGCGCAGGAAGAAGCUACAGUUCAACGCCUCAUCCAUCGAGCCGAGGAAACCGCUGUGCUUCCCCAAGAAAACAGCGUGAACCGUGCAAAGAAAAUGAGCAAGGGCGCUACGCAUCGUGAUGCGACUACACAGCUUGUUGGCACGAUCGACGGGUCUCUUUCACGUCUCCAAUCUCAACUCAUCACAUUGAAAAAGACCAUGCAAGCGGGCACCAAGAAAACGAAAGAGGAAGCCAUUGAUUUUGGUGAGAAAACCGCCGAGGACAAGCUUUCACUGACUGUAAGCAAGACCGAUUUCGCACACAUGCGUAUCAUCGGCCAGUUCAACUUGGGGUUCAUCAUCGCAGUCCGUCCAGGAGAAGACCGCGAUGAGCUCUUCAUCAUCGACCAGCAUGCCUCCGAUGAGAAAUUUAACUUUGAGCGCCUGCAAGCUGAAACCGUGGUGCAAAAUCAGCGUCUCGUCCGUCCGCAACGUCUCGAUCUCACUGCCGUUGAAGAAGAGGUUGUCCUUGAGAAUCGUGCCGCUCUUGAAAAGAACGGUUUCCUCGUGACCGUCGACGAAAGCGGCGAUGAGCCUAUCGGUCGUCGAUGUCAACUGGUCUCGUUGCCGCUCAGCAAGGAGGUGGUAUUCGGUGUGCGCGAUCUGGAGGAACUAAUUGUGUUGCUGUCGGAGUCACUUUCGACGUCGAAUGGAGCAUCGAUCCCACGACCAAGUAAAGUGCGCAAAAUGUUUGCUAUGCGCGCUUGUCGCUCAAGUAUCAUGAUUGGGAAGACCUUGACGAGCCGCCAGAUGGAACGAGUUGUUCAGAACAUGGGUACUAUCGACAAACCGUGGAACUGCCCUCAUGGUCGACCGACCAUGCGGCACUUGAUGAGUUUGGGCCAGUGGGAUGAAUGGAAUGAAUUUCGGGAAACCGAAGGACUCGACCCUUGGAAACAAUACUUGGAAGGAGAAGGCGACGAGGAAGGAGACGAAGAAGACGAGCCAUAA